AUCCAUAUAUAUUUUUGUCAGCAGUGAAUCGGAAUUAAAAUGGUGAUUUGAAUCAAAUUAUUUUAACGGUCAAUCAACACUAUUAAUAGCCUAGAUAUAAAAUAAAAUAAAAUAAAAAAAUAAACCUUUGAUGGAAUCAUUCCACGUGACCAGCAACGGGGGGAAAUCUGAAUCUGUCGGAUCCACUGAUCUAAAGGUCAAUGCCACUGACUCGAUCACAAAUCGAAAGUGUUUCAAAGACGUCUGUUCCUGGUGCACAAGACCGUUUGUACUACUGCAAGUCAUCUCGAGCAGCUGAUACUUUUCACAAACCAGUGCUGAUGUUUGCUCUAGCUGUUGAGCUGCAGUAUGUCAGACGAGCGAGGAAAAGAGAUGAAUCUCUCAGAGAAACAGAGUGAAUGUUCGGACUCUGAGACUGUGAAGAGUGACCAGUCGAAAGACGAUGCACCAAACUUCAGUGAGGAAACACCAUCACCUACCAGAAGGGUAAGAUCAGGCUCACGUGUGUCUGUGAAGAGUGACCAAUCAAAAGGUGGCGGGCCGAACUUAAGGAAGAGAAGAAGAUCCUCUACCGAAAGUGACAGAUCAUGCUCACCUGUGUCUAAGAGGAGUAAAAGGUCCAAAAGUGAAAGAUCAGGCUCACCUGACUUCAGCUCUGUGUCUAUGAAGAGUGACCAAUCGAAAAGUGAAGGACCAAACUUAAGUGAGAAAAAACCAUCAUCUACCAAAAGGGUAAGAUCAGGCUCACGUGUGUCUGUGAAGAGUGACCAGUCGAAAGAUGAUGGGCCAAACUUAAGGAAGAGAAAAGCAGCACCUAGCAAAUGUGACAGAUCAAGCUCACCUGUGUCUAAGAGGAGUAACCGAUCGAAAGUUGACAGGCCGAACAUAAGGAAGAAAAGAAGAUCAUCUAUCAAAAGUGUAAGAUCAGGCUCACAUGUGUCCAGCUCUGUGUCUGUGAAGAGUGACCAAUCAAAAGACUUUGCACCACCUAAAUUCAGUGAGAAAACAACAUCUACCGAAAGUAAAAAAGGGCAGAAGACCACAGUAAAUAUCGGUGUGGAAAUUAAACGAUGGGAAACUCUAAAAGCACAGAAGGGACUAAAGAGUGAUGUAGAUCUGGCAGCUUUUCUUCUGAACAGGAUUCAAUAUGAGAAAACAGAUGUCCAGAAUUUCCGCUUCAAGAAGAGAAAGAAAGAAAAUCUUGUUUGGAUCUUCCAGGACCUUGAGAAGAAAAUAUCAAAUUUUCUGAUGAAUGAGCUGGACAAGUUUAAGAAAAUUUUAAAAAAAGAGAACACACAAUACUUUGUGCAGGACUUUAUACAGGACAUGUGUGAAAUCAAAGAAGCAGCUCUUGAUAUCACGCUCUACUUCCUAAAAAAUAUGAAGGAAGAUGAACUUGCGGAUACUCUAAAAGAUGAGCUGGUCUUCAUUUAUCAACGAAAUCUUAAGAAGAACCUGAAGAACAAGUAUGAACGUGUGUUUGAAGGAAUUGCAAAGCAAGGUGACUCCAGACUUCUGAAUAGCAUCUACACAGAUCUUUAUAUCACUCAGGGUUGUAGUGAACAGGUCAAUACUGAACAUGAGGUGAGACAGAUUGAGGUUACUUCCAGACGUCAUGAAUCACAGGAGAUACAUGUUGAAUGCAACAAUUUGUUUGAAGCACCUGAACAAGAGAUCAGAACUGUACUGACAAAAGGAGUUGCUGGCAUCGGAAAAUCAGUCUCUGUGCAAAAGUUUGUUGUGGACUGGGCUGAGGGAAAAGAAAAUCAAGAUAUCAGCUUCAUAUUUCCACUUCCAUUCAGAGAGAUGAAUUUAAAAGACAAAGAAAAACAAAGUUUGAUGAGCCUUAUAAAUCAGUUUUUCCCAGAAACUAGAGGACUGAAUCUUACAAGAGAUAAAUUCAAAGUCCUGUUCAUUCUUGAUGGUUUGGAUGAAUGCCGUCUUCCUCUAAACUUUGAAAGUAAUGAGACGUGGCGUGAUGUUUCGUCACCGGCCUCUCUGGAUGUUCUCCUGACGAACCUCAUCAAGGGAAAUCUGCUUCCUUCUGCUCUAAUCUGGAUCACCACCAGACCAGCAGCUGCCAGUAAGAUUCCUCCUGACUAUAUCGACCGGGUUACAGAGGUCAGAGGGUUCAAUGAUGCACAAAAGGAGGAAUACUUCAAAAAAAGAUUCACAGAUGAGAAUCAGGCAAAAGAAAUCAUUCAUCAUGUUAAACAAUCAAAGAGUCUCUUUAUCAUGUGCCACAUCCCAGUCUUCUGCUGGAUUUCAGCCACUGUUCUCCAGAACAUUUUGGAGGAGAAAAGAAAUAAUGAUUCUAAGAACAAUCAGUCUGAAGGCUCCAAAACACUGCAGGAAUCAAAUACUGAAGACACUCCCAAGACUCUGACACAAAUGUACACAUACUUUCUCCGCUUUCAGAUCCAGCAGAGCAAACGAAAGUAUGACGGAGAAUACAGACCAGAUGUUUCCUGGGAUAAAGAUGCCAUCCUUUCACUGGGGAAACUGGCAUUUCAUCAGCUGGAAAAAAACAAUGUGAUCUUCUAUGACACAGACCUGGAAUCCUGUGGUAUUGAUGCCCAUAAGGCAUCAGUGUACUCAGGCAUGUGUACCCAGAUCUUUAAGGAGGAAACAGGGAUCAUUCUCGGUACCAUGUACUGCUUUGUUCACAUGAGCAUUCAAGAGUUUAUUGCAGCCCUUUAUGCACAUCUGUUUCUAGACAUCAACAUGAAAAGUGCAUUUGUUCAAGACUCUAUAGAACAGGAAAACAAAAAGGCGACUAUGAUUGAUUUGCUCAAGACUGCAGUGGACAAGGCACUUGAGAGUGAUAAUGGACACCUGGACCUUUUCCUUCGCUUCCUUCUCGGUUUGUCACUCGAGUCUAAAACACUCUUACGAGGUCUGUUGACACAGCAAGAUGACAAUGACCAGAGCAAAGAGGAAAUAGUUCAGUACAUCAAACAGAAAUUUGAAGCUAAUCUGUCUCCAGAGAGAUCCAUCAAUCUGUUCUACUGUCUGAAUGAACUGAAUGACCAAACUCUGGUGAAAGACAUUCAGACCCACCUCAGAGAAGGAAGUCUCUCAUCUACUGACCUUUCACCUGCCCAGUGGUCUGCUGUGGCCUUUGUGUUGUUGACAUCAGAGGAGGAGAUGGAGGAGUUUGAGCUUCAGAAAUUCAAGAAAUCAGACGAGUGUCUCAUUCGACUAUCACCAGUCAUAAAAACCUCCAAAAAAGCUUUGUUAAAUGAUUGUGACCUAACAGAGAAAAGCUGUUCAGCUCUAGCUACAGUUCUUGAAUCAGAUACAAGUCUGAAAGAGCUGAACAUGAACAAUAAUAAUCUGCAGGAUUCAGGAGUGAAGCUGCUCUGCACUGGACUGAAGAGUAAAUUGGAGAUACUGAGUUUCAGUAAGUGUGAGAUAACAGAGGAAAGCUGUUCAGAUUUUGCUUCAGUUCUCAGUUCUGACUCCAGCAGCUUGAAGUAUCUUGACCUUAGCAGUAAUAAUCUGCAGGAUUCAGGAGUCAAGCUGCUCUCUGAUGGACUGAAAGAGAACCGUAAACUGGAGAAAAUGAGACUUUCAGACUGCAGUAUCACUGAAGAAGGUUAUAAAGCUCUGGCUUCAGCUCUGAGAUCAAACCCUUUACACCUAAUAGAGCUGGAUCUCACAGGAAAUGAUCCUGGACAAUCAGGAGUGAAGGAGCUUAGUGAUUUACUUCAGGAUCCAAACUGUCAACUUAAGACACUGAGGCUGAAUAAUUGUGAGCUGACAGAGAAAAGCUGUUCAGUUCUAGCUACUGUUCUCUCCUCCAAAACCAUCCUGAAAGAGAUGAAUCUGAACAACAGCCAUCUGCUGGACUCAGGAGUCAAAGAGAUCUGUGAAGGACUGAAGAAUCCUGUGUGUGAGCUGAAGAUACUCAAACUUUCGGACUGCAGUGUUACAGAAGAGGGUUAUAAAUCUCUGGCUUCAGCUCUGAGAUCAAACCCUUUACACCUGAUAGAGCUGGAUCUCAUAGGAAAUGAUCCUGGACAAUCUGGAGUGAAGGAGCUCAAUGAUUUACUAAAGGAUCCAAACUGUCAACUGAAGACACUGAGGUUGUUGGGUCCUGCUGCAGAUGUAGCCUGUCAGUAUGUGACUGGAAUUGUGGGUAAAAACCCGUUAAACCUGAGAGAGCUGAAUCUGAGUGGACAUGAACUAGGAGACACACGAGUGAAUCAGCUUGCUGCUCUACUGCAGGAUAAACACUGUAAACUCAACACACUCCAGCUGAGUGAUUGUGGUCUAACGGAGAAAAGCUGUUCAGCUCUCGCUACAGUCCUGAGAUCAAACCCCAGUCUGAAAGAGCUUGACAUGAGCAACAAUAAUCUGCAGGAUUCAGGAGUGAAGAAACUCCAGAGCGGAUUAGAAAAUACAAACUGCACAUUGGAGAAACUCAGACUUUCAGACUGCAGUAUCACUGAAGAAGGUUAUAAAGCUCUGGCUUCAGCUCUGAGAUCAAACCCUUCACACCUGAUAGAGCUGGAUCUCACAGGAAAUGAUCCUGGACAAUCAGGAGUGAAGCAGCUCAGUGGUUUACUACAGAGUCGAAAGUAUUCACUGAAAACACUGAGGUUUUUGAGUCCUGAUGCAAAUGAGGCCUAUAAAUAUCUGACUAAUGUUCUGGGUGAAAACCUGUUACUCCUGAGAGAUCUGAAUCUGAGUGAAUGUGAACUAGGACACUCAGAACUGAAGAAACUUGCUGCUGUAUUGCAGGAUAAGCACUGUAAACUCAACACACUGAUUUUGAACAACAGCUAUAUCACAGAAGAAGAUUGUCGUAUUCUGGCUCCAGCUUUAAAUUCAAACCCUUCAAAUCUGAAAGAGCUGAAUCUGAGUGGGACUAAAAUCAGAGACUCAGGACUGAAGAUCUUCUCUACUCUGUUUGAGAAUGAACAAUGUGGACUGCAAAAGCUGAAUUUUAAUUGCAUCGGUAUUACAGAGGACGGUUGUGCUGCUCUGACUUCAGCAUUUAAUUCAAACCCUUCAAACCUGAAAGAGCUGGAUCUGAGUGAAAAUAAACUGGGAAACUCUGGAAUAACAGAAGUCUGUACUCUGCUUGAAAAUUCACAGUGCACACUGCAGAUACUCAGACUGUCAGACUGCAGUCUUACAGAAGAAGGUUAUAAAGCUCUGGCUUCAGCUCUGAGAUCAAACCCUUCACACCUGAUAGAGCUGGAUCUCACAGGAAAUGAUCCUGGACAAUCAGGAGUGAAGGAGCUUAGUGAUUUACUACAGGAUCCAAACUGUCAACUGAAGACACUGAGGUUUUUGGAUCCUGCUGCAGAUAAAGCCUGUCAGUUUGUGACUGGAGUUGUGGGUAAAAACCCAUUACUCCUGAGCGAGCUGAAUCUGAGUGAACGUGAACUAGGAGACACACAAGUGAAUCAGCUCACUGCUCUACUGCAGGACAAACACUGUACACUCAACACACUGAUGCUGAAUAAUAACAGUAUUACAGCAGAAGGUUGUGCUGCUCUGACUUCAGCAAUUAAUUCAAACCCUUCAAACCUGAAAGUCCUGGAUCUGAGUGGAAAUAAACUAGGAAACUCAGGAAUUGAGAAGAUCUGUCAUCUGAUGAAAAAUCUACAUUGCAGAUUGGAGAAACUGAAGCUUUCAAACUGCAGUAUCACUGAAGAAGGUUAUAAAGCUCUGGCUUCAGCUCUGAGAUCAAACCCUUCACACCUGAUAGAGCUGGAUCUCACAGGAAAUGAUCCUGGACAAUCAGGAGUGAAGCAGCUCAGUGAUUUACUACAGGAUGGACGCUGUAAAUUAAAGACCAUCAGGUUUUUAAGUCCUGCUGCAGAGAAAGCGUGUGCAUAUCUUACUAAAGUUCUGGGUAAAAGUCCAUUAUUACUGAAAGAUCUGGAUCUGAGUGGAAAUAAAUUAGGAGACCUGGAUGGGAAGAAACUAUCUGCUCUUUUGAUGGACUCUCAUUGCAAACUGGAGAAAAUCAAGCUGAAUUAUUGUGAGCUGACAGAGAAAAGCUGUUCAGUUCUAGCUACUGUUCUCUCCUCCAAAACCAUCCUGAAAGAGAUGAACCUGAACAACAGCCGUCUGCUGGACUCAGGAGUCAAAGAGAUCUGUGAGGGACUGAAGAAUCCUGUGUGUGAACUGAACAUACUCAAACUCAAUAAGUGUGAGUUAACAGAGGAAAGCUGUUCAGCUCUUGCUUCAGUUCUCAGUUCAGACUCCAACAGUCUGAAGGAUCUUGACCUGAGCAACAAUAAUCUACACGAUUCAGGAGUGAAUCUGCUCUCUGAUGGACUGAAGAAUAACUGUAAACUGGAGAAAUUAAGACUUUCAGACUGCAGUAUCACAGAAGAAGGUUAUAAAGCUCUGGCUUCAGCUCUGAGAUCAAACCCUUCACACCUGAUAGAGCUGGAUCUCACAGGAAAUUAUCCUGGACUAUCAGGAGUGAAGAAGCUCAGUGAUUUACUACAGGAUGGACACUGUACCGUCAGGUUUUUGAGAAGUCCUGCUGCAGAGGAAGCGUGUGAGUAUCUCACUAAAGUUCUGGGUAAAAGUCCAUUAUUACUGAAACAACUGGAUCUGAGUGGAGAGAAAUUAGGAGAUCUGGAUGGAGAGAAACUCUCUGCUCUUUUGAUGGACUCUCAUAGCAAAGUGGAGAAAAUCAAGCUGAAUAAUUGUGAGCUGACAGAGAAAAGCUGUUCAGUUCUAGCUGCUGUUCUCUCCUCCAAAACCAUCCUGAAAGAGAUGAACCUGAACAACAGCCGUCUGCUGGACUCAGGAGUCAAAGAGAUCUGUGAGGGACUGAAGAAUCCUGUGUGUGAGCUGAAGAUACUCAAGCUUUCAAACUGUGGUAUCGCUGAAGAAGGUUAUAAAGCUCUGGCUUCAGCUCUGAGAUCAAACCCUUCACACCUGAUAGAGCUGGAUCUCACAGGAAAUGAUCCUGGACAAUCAGGAGUGAAGAAGCUCAGUGAUUUACUACAGAAUCCAAACUGUCAGCUGAAGACACUGAGGUUGUUACAAAGUCCUGAUGCAGACAAAGCCUGUAAAUAUCUUGCUAAAGUUCUCCACAAUAAAAACCCAUUACUUCUGAGCGAGCUGAAUCUGAGUGGACAUGAACUAGGAGACAGACGAGUGAAUCAGAUAGCUGCUCUACUGCAGGAUAAACACUGUACACUCAACACAUUGACGCUGCAUGAUUGUGAUCUAACGGAGAAAAGCUGUUCAGCUCUCGCUGCUGUCCUGAGAUCAAAGCCCAGUCUGAAAGAGCUUGACAUGAGCAACAAUAAUCUGCUGGAUUCAGGAGUGAAGAAACUACAGAGCGGAUUAGAAAAUACAAACUGCACACUGGAGAAACUCACACUUUCAGACUGCAGUAUCACUGAAGAAGGUUAUAAAGCUCUUGCUUCAGCUCUGAGAUCAAACCCUUCACACCUAAUAGAGCUGGACCUCACAGGAAAUGAUCCUGGACAAUCAGGAGUGAAGGAGCUCAGUGAUUUACUACAGGAUGGACACAGUGAAUUAAUCACCAUCAGGUUUUUGAAAAGUCCUGCUGCAGAGGAAGCAUGCGAGUAUCUCACUAAAGUUCUGGAUGCAAGUCCAUUAUUACUGACAGAACUGGAUCUGAGUGGAGAGAAAUUAAGAAACCUGGAUGGAGAGAAACUCUCUGCUCUUUUAAUGGACUCUCAUUGCAAAGUGGAGAAAAUCAAGCUAAAUAAUUGUGAGCUGACAGAGAAAAGCUGUUCAGUUCUAGCUGCUGUUCUCUCCUCCAAAACCAUCCUGAAAGAGAUGAACCUGAACAACAGCCGUCUGCUGGACUCAGGAGUCAAAGAGAUCUGUGAGGGACUGAAGAAUCCUGUGUGUGAGCUGAAGAUACUCAAACUUUCAGACUGCAGUAUCACUGAAGAAGGUUAUAAAGCUCUGGCUUCAGCUCUGAGAUCAAACCCUUCACACCUGACAGAGCUGGAUCUCACAGGAAAUGAUCCUGGACAAUCAGGAGUGAAGGAGCUCAGUGGUUUACUACAGAGUCGAAAGUAUUCGCUUAAAACACUGAGGUUGUUGAGUCCUGCUGCAGAUGAAGGCUGUCAGUUUGUGACUGGAGUUGUGGGUAAAAAUCCGUUACUCCUGAGCGAGCUGAAUCUGAGUGAACGUGAACUAGGAGACACACGAGUGAAUCAGCUCACUGCUCUACUGCAGGACAAACACUGUAAACUCAACACACUCCAGAUGCGUAAUUGUGAUCUAACACAGAAAAGCUGUUCAGCUCUCGCUGCAGUCCUGAGAUCAAACUCCAGUCUGAAAGAGCUUGACAUGAGCAACAAUAAUCUGCAGGAUUCAGGAGUGAAGAAACUCCAGAGCGGAUUAGAAAAUACAAACUGCACACUGGAGAAACUCACACUUUCAGACUGCAGUAUCACUGAAGAAGGUUAUAAAGCUCUGGCUUCAGCUCUGAGAUCAAACCCUUCACACCUGAUAGAGCUGGAUCUCACAGGAAAUGAUCCUGGACAAUCAGGAGUGAAGGAGCUCUGUGAUUUACUACAGGAUCAAAACUGUCAACUGAAGACACUGAGGUUGUUGAGUCCUGCUGCAGAUGAAGCCUGUCAGUUUGUGACUGGAAUUGUGGGUAAAAACCCGUUACUCCUGAGAGAGCUGAAUCUGAGUGGACAUGAACUAGGAGACACACAAGUGAAUCAGCUCGCUGCUCUACUGCAGGAUAAAUACUGCAAACUCAACACACUCCAGCUGAAUAAUAACAGUAUUACAGCAGAAGGUUGUGCUGCUCUCACUUCAGCAAUUAAUUCAAACCCUUCAAACAUGAAAGUCCUGGAUCUGAGUGGAAAUAAACUAGGAAACUCAGGAAUGAAAAAGAUCUGUUAUCUGUUAGAAAAUCCACAAUGCAGAUUGGAGAAAUUGAAACUCUGUAACUGCAGUAUCACUGAAGAAGGUUAUAAAGCUCUGGCUUCAGCUCUGAGAUCAAACCCUUCACACCUGAUAGAGCUGGAUCUCACAGGAAAUGAUCCUGGACAAUCAGGAGUGAAGGAGCUCUGUGAUUUACUACAGGAUCAAAACUGUCAACUAAAAACACUGAGGUUAAGAAGCUGUAAUAUGACCGAUGAAGGUUGUUCUGCUCUGACUUCGGCUCUGAAAUCAAACCCAUCACACCUGAGAGAGCUGGACCUCAGUGAGAAUCAAAUAGAAAACACAGGAGUGAAUCACUUAUGUGACGUACUGAAGGAUUCACACUGUAAACUGGAGAGAUUGAGGUUAAGAAGCUGUAAUAUGACAGAUGAAGGUUGUUCUGCUGUGACUUCAGCUCUGAAAUCAAACCCAUCACACCUGAGGGAGCUGGACCUCAGUGACAAUAAACUAGGAGACUCUGGAGUGAAAAACCUCAGUGAUCUACUGAUGAACCAAAAAUGCAAGCUGGAAACACUAGAUCUGUUUUAUUGCAGUAUUACAGAGAAACAGAGUCUCAUCCUGACUUCAGCUCUGAAAUCAAACCCAUCACACCUGAGAGAGCUGGACCUCAGUGAGAAUAAACUAGGAGACUCUGGAGUGAAAAACCUCAGUGAUCUACUGAUGAACCAAAAAUGCAAGCUGGAAACACUAGAUCUGUUUUAUUGCAGUAUUACAGAGAAACAGAGUCUCAUCCUGACUUCAGCUCUGAAAUCAAACCCAUCACACCUGAGAGAGCUGGACCACAGUGGGAAUCAACUAGGAGACUCUGGAGUGAAAAACCUCAGUGAUCUACUGAUGAACACACAAUGCAAGAUGGAGAAACUACAUCUGUGUAGAUGCAGUAUUACAGAGAAACAGAGUCUCAUCCUGACUUCAGCUCUGAAAUCAAACCCAUCACACCUGAGAGAACUGAACCUGAGCAAGAAUCAACUAGGAAACUCUGGAGUUGAAAACCUUGGUCUUCUGCUGGGCAGUAAACAAUGCCACCUGGAAAAUCUGAAUCUCAGUGGAUGCAGUAUUACAGAGAAACACUGUCUCAGCCUAACUCUGUGUCUGAACCUUUCACACCUGAGAAAGCUGGACCUCAGUGGGAAUAAAAUAGCAAACAAAGGAGCUGAGGUCUUGUGUGGAAUACUGAAGGAUUCACGUUGUAAACUAGAGAAAUUGAGCCUAAAUGACUGUGGCAUUACAGAUGCUGCUUGUUUGUCUGAGUCUUUGACUGGGAAGAAAGCACUGCAGUUUUUAACAGAGCUUAAUCUGAGUCAAAAUAGCAUAGGAAACUCAAGGGAGCAGCUCAUUAAAGUACUACAAAACUCAAACUGUAAACUGAGACUAGACAGUGAACAGAUGGAAAAUGGAAGAGCUCUGAUUGGACAUAAUCUAAACUACUUUAGUAGUUGGCUUCCCUGGUAAAAAGCUCAGGAACCUGUGAAGUAAACAGCAGAAGACCUGUCAUCAUCAUCAGAUGAGGAAUCCACAGAAGGUUCUCACUAUAGUACUGCGAUAAAUUAAUGUGUGUGAUGAUGUGAUGUCUGUAGGCAAAAUCUAAAAUGCUCAUUAUAUAUUGAAAUAUGAACUUGAGUGUCAGCACAAAACAAAUGAAAACCAGUAUUUGUAUGUUUUAAUCUUUGAGAAAAACAGAACGGUUGUUUUUGGUGAGAUGUUAUUAAACAACAACUCAUAAAUGCAAAAACUAUGCAAAACCUACAUCAAUAAUGGGUCAUUCUACAGAAACGUCCACUUUUGGUAUGGCAAAAUGUCUUGAAAUGUAUUUAUUUUUUUUACAUUUAAACUUAGACCACAUUAUUAGAUUAGCUUUUGACUUUAUGAAUACAUAUAAAUGACAGCUUAAUUAUUUAUUUAUUUUUAGCUUUUUAAGACCAUAUUUAUUUAUUAUUUCAAGACCACAUGUAUCAUUUUUUGUCACUGGUGUUACCUUCUUUAGCAAUAUUAAAAGUUUCUAUGAAAUAUUAUUUCUAAAAAAAAAUUUCAGCACAUGUAGUCAGAGUUACAGAAAAAUAAUGAAAAUGCAAGAAAUAAGGAGAUUGUUUUAUUUAUUUAAUGUGACAGACAUAAACAGUACAGUAACACAGUAACACAGCACAGUAACACCAGUGAGAGCAACACCAGUGACAUACAUUAGACCUGAUAUACUGAUCGUCACUUGACAAUUUUCAUGAAAAAUGCAUUUUACAAAAUGUCUGCUGCAAGGUAUCAAGCCACAUGUUGUCAAUCAUGGUAUACUCACUAAAUUAAGUAGUUUAAUCCAUUUGUAUUAUAGUUUUUUUUACAUUUCCCUAACAAUAAAUAGGUCACACCAGUGACAUCAACUAAAAGCUUCAUUUCAGUUUUUCUUUUUUAAUAAAUUUGCAAAAAUGUCAACAAUUCUGUGUUUUUCUGUCAAUAUGGGGUGCUGUGUGUACAUUAAUGAGGGAAAAAAUGAACUUAAAUGAUUUUAGCAAAUGGCUGCAAUAUAACAAAGAGUGAAAAAUUUCCGUACCCACUGUACAUAUUCUUACUGAACUUUGAGUGAAACCUUUUGGGGGGAAAGAGGGAGAGGCAGAGAUGGCAGGGGGAGAAGGGGGUCAUAAAUGAGCAAGGAGAGAGG